CACACUUGUGUUGUGUGGCGCAAAAGGAAUUCAAAUCAGACGGUGCAGACCCCAUCAUCACCAACCCCCAUAAACCCUCAGUUUCGUACCCUCCACAUCCAAAGGUAUGUCCUUUCCAAUUCCACCAGCUUACUAAUUCUUCAAGACCCAAUUUUUAUUCUCUCAAUCUUCCACAAAACAACGCUUCACACAAUAUGAAAUAUUAAUUUGAUUAGGUUUCUGGUCAGCAUUGCUUUCUUAAUUUCUUCUAUAUAUUCUGCAUUUUCCUGAAUAUUUUAGUGUCUAAUCUGAGAAUCCCUCCAAAAAAUUUGCUUUUGAGCAAUACCCAUCUCAUAAAAUCUCUAGAAUUCUCUUUUGGGUCAAGCAAAAAGAUGGUGAUUUGGUAUAUUUUAACCCACGCUCCAAAUUUUGAAUUUGUGCAUUUUAUUGAGAAUUUCAGUGUAUAAUCUGAGAAACCCAGCAAAAAUAUUUGCUUUUGAGCAAAACCCUUCUCCAAAAAUGUCUAGAAUUGUCCAUGGAUGGCAGCAAAAAGAUGGUAAUUUGAUAUAUCCAACCCCCUCAUUGAUAACCCCACCAUCAUCAUCUCCUUCUUCAUCUACUGGCAGUAUCAGUCCAGUGCUUCUUUUGGUUAUAGUAAUUGUAGCUGUUAUGUUUUUUAUCUAUGGGUUUGCUCAUUUGCUUUUGAGAUGCCUCAUAAAAAGGUCACCUUCCUCCUCAAUCUUUCAAUCCAAUAGAUUACCAGAAACCUCUGGGUCUCGGGCUAUCCAAAGGCAGCUUCAGCAGCUUUUUCGCCUUCACGAUUCGGGCCUUGAUCAAGCCACCAUUGAUUCUCUACCUGUGUUCUUCUGCAAAGACAUUGUUGGUUUGAAGGAGGAGCCAUUUGAUUGUGCAGUUUGUCUGUGUGAAUUUUCUGACCAGGACAAGCUGAGGUUGCUUCCUGUGUGCGGUCAUGCUUUCCACAUUGAUUGCAUUGACACUUGGCUUCUCUCAAAUUCGACGUGCCCCCUUUGUAGAGGAACCAUUUUGGGGUCUGGGAUUUUGUUGGAGAAUCCGGUGUUCGAUUUCGGUGAUUCUAGGGAGAUGUCAGAUGGGGUUGUGAGUGAUGGGGAGAACAUGUGUUCGAGCGGUCGGAAAGGUUUGGUUGUGGAGGAAGGUGUUGGUGAAAAGAGGGUUUUUUCUGUGAGGCUUGGGAAGUUCAAAAGCCUGAAUGAAGGGGAUGAAAGUGGAGGGAAAGUGGGGGAGAGCAGUAGGUGUAAUUUGGAUGCCAGGAGAUGUUACUCAAUGGGUGCAUAUCAGUAUGUGGUUGGCGAUUCAAAUCUCCAAGUUGCAUUAUCCCCCGACUGUGAUGCCAAGCUUGCCAAAGAGGGAGUUAGAAAUGGGAGCUUCUCAGUUAAUGAGAAUUUGGAAGGGAAGAAAAUCAGUAGCAGACAUAAGGGUGAGAGUUUCUCGGUUUCGAAGAUUUGGCUUUGGUCUGCAAAAAACAGAAUCCCGGGUUCUUCAAAUGCUCAAACCGGUUUGCCUCCUUUUCGUGUAAUUUCUCCGAUCAAUGCUGAAACAUGAAAUGUACAAUUACGCUUAGUAGUAGUUAUGCUUUUUUCGCUAUUUCGUUGUAUAACGGAUGCUUAAUUGUAUGUUCAGUUUAGCAAGAAUUUUGUUCA